AUGAAUCACAUCAUUCACAAAAGACAAGGUUAUGGUGCAGUCACAAACGGUCUUACAUCGGCCAGUGAUUCAUUAUCAAAUUCAGCAAGCAAUGCAACUUCUUCACUUUCAAAAGCUGAAACCAUUGGUGUGGCAGUUGGAAUUAUCGCUUUUAUUGCAUUAUCUAUCGGCUUGACAUGGUAUUGUUGCAUCGUUGCUUCACGUAAAAGGGAAAAGAGAAAUGCAAUCGAACAAGAAGAAAUCCGUCAAAAAAUGCGAAAUGCCUCUUUGACCGGCAGUAGUGAAAGACAUAAUCAACAAUGGCAAACACAUGCUGUCUCUUUAGCCGCACCACAACAACCCGGAGCAGCAAUGACUUAUCAAGAUUUUCUCGCUUCUCAACGACGUGGAAGUGACCCUGCUACCGAUGAAGAUUAUUGGAAGCAAGAACCAUUAAAGCCAGCCGAACACGGAAAUGAAUCAUACAUCGUUAGCUUCGACGUUAACGGUCAACCGCAAUAUCAUCCUAGAGAAGCUCAGCAUCAAUCUUAUCCACCCAACUAUUACCCAGCACAAACACCACUCCAAUCUCCAAACGAACGUCAACCGAUGUAUCCCGUACGAAGAUGA